CUAAAAUAAAAUUUGAGGUUAAUGCGAGCAUUGAGAGAUUAAAGUUGUAUGUAAUAUAGCGUGCGAUGGCCCUAUCAACAGGUUUGAUGAGCCGUCUGAGACGCGAUAAUAGCGACGAGCCAUUGACGAAACGAUUAAAAUUAGCGGAAAAUGUGCUUUAUAGCCCAGAUAUUCUCAUUGCGUGGAAAGAGGAUUGCGUAUUUCGUUGGCUGUAUGGUGAAUUGUCGGGCGAGAAUAAUUCUGCGAUUUGGAUGACGAUACAUCGUUGCUUAUCGACAAAUCCGAGGAUCUUCACUAAGCUGUCUCUGGACUCGAGAAAGUUGCUCACUGCUAAGUUAAUUCAAUCAUUAUGUGACUUCCCCGAUAAACAUGUUUCCAAAGAGAUAUUGAAAUGUUGCGAGUACAUCUUUUCAUUUAGCAAUGGACAAAGUUAUUCGAUAAAGAAUAAUCAACUGCCUUUGAUUAAGGCUUUACUAACGUUUGCGUUCAAAGUUCUCAAUAACGAUGGAUCGGAGCACGAUGAUCGAUCUGUCGAUCGUGAUUUAGCAAUGGAAAGCGUGGAAUGUGCGAUCGGUACGGUCGUUAAGAUUUGUAAGCAAAACUUUUCAGACGAGAAGAGCUUCGCGACAAUAUUUAUAGAGGAGCUGUUGUUUCCUCUUGCUUCGCUCGUUGAAACCAUUAAAAUUCAAAGAAUAUCUUCGAAACUAAUUAUAAAGAGUCAAAAAUGUAUAAAAAAUUUAAUGUUCGGCUCAGCGAGAAAUAUUGCCUUACCGACGAAUGAUAAAUAUAAUAUAGCCGAAGAAAGCGAGGCCUUUUUGAAUAUUUUGCAAGAUAAAAUUAAUGCUGCAAAAUUUCAAGAUGUUAAGGCUGUAUUGACUUUGCUGUUUGAGAGUGUAGUCAAUACCUGUCGUCAUAAUUCUACGAUUGUAGAUACUAUUUUACGCAGACUUUGGAAGUGUAUAGAGCAAAAGGAGCAGUCUAAGCAAAUAUUGGCUGCUUUACUCGACAAUUCGACAGACGUAUCCUUUAACUUUGAUAAUGAAAUAGAUGGUCGUACGCUCAAAUUAUUCUUGGAAACUCAAAUCGAGGAACUUAAAUCAAAGAAGAAACGUUUUAAAUGUUCGGAUUAUGAAUUAUUGACUGCGAUUGCAAAACUCAAUCCAUUGAUUAUAGAGAGCGCUAUACAAGAUUUAUUGGAGAGAAUGUUUUUCGAACGGCGGACAUGUGAAAAAGAGAUGAUUGCGUAUGAGAAUUUGAUUACAGAGUUAUGGAAGGCAACCGUUCGUUUACGAAGACAGCACAAAUUUCUUUCAAAAUUUCUAUUAGCCAUUAAUUGCUCGAAAGAAAAAGAAAUAGACAUUGAAUUUGUCAAUACGUUUAAGUUGCCAGAAAUUUUUAUCGCAGAAUUUUGUAAAGAUUUAAGAAGCCAAACUACGAGUGCUCAAAUUCUUGCGAUAUUUAACACACUUCUUUUUCAUUUAAAGACCGAUUGCCUCAAAACUCUUAAUACAAUAACGCGUUCGUGCUUGUCGCUUAAAAUUGUUGCAAGUUUUAUCGUAGCUUUCUUCGAACAUGUGAAUUUUUUAGACGGUUCAUUGACGCAAGAUUGGCAAAUUAAAUUUUAUCAGACAUUCACCGAUUUACAAAGUACUCUCGCUGUGCUUAGCGAAACUCUAUGCGAAAGUAAUAGCGAUGAAUUGAGACCAAUGAUUUUCAUAGCAUUCUCGACAAUUGCAAAUAUUUGGUGCGAAGCCUAUGAUUUAUUACGCUAUUACGUGCCAAAUAUAGCUUGUAAUGAAUUAAGUUUUCCAAUAACAGAAACACAAUUGAAAAGCUUCAAGCAAAUGAUUAAAGAGCGUAAGAAUCAAGACUGCACAGAAUCCUUGAAUCGACUAAUGCUAAUGAAAUUGGUAAAUUAUGAUCGAAAUAAUAUGCAUACAAUUAAGGAAAAGAUCAUUGUACAGCUAUGGCCAGUUAUAAUGGAAGAUCAUUUUCAAAUAAUUGAAUCUCUUAAUGAAAUGCAGAUAUUAAAAUUGACUUUGCAUUUUGUUAAAGAAGCAUGUUCUACAUCCGAUAAUUUAUCUAAAUGGACAUCAGUUUUAAACCGAAAUAUGUCAAGAAUGACAAAAGUAUUUGCUACAGCUGCAGCGCUUCAAAUCCUGUCAAAUAUCGUUGAAGAUAUUGAAUCAACAUCAACAAGAACGAUCAUAGAAAAUAUUGAUUUUGAAGCGGUAUUAAAAUCCAUGGACGAUCAAAUAAAUUGUAAAAAAGCACUUAAACAUGCAACUAAAGAAAUUGCAAAACAAGAUUUCAAAUCACUAAAUACUGUGGAUGCUGAUAAAAUAAAACGUAAUUUAAUCUUUAUGUCAAAUUUGCCACUUUCGAUUCUUAAUAGUCAGAUAAAGAAGUUUUUAUUUCUCGUAUUAUAUGUAUUUGACGAAGAAACUAAACAUGUCGCUGAUUUUAAGGAAGCCGUUGGAAAUUUAUACACAGAUUUGCUUUAUCAGAAUAAUUUUGAUAUUUUAAACAGUCUAUCUGAACCAGUGAUUUUAAUAAAUCACUUUAAAGAUAAUCAGAUAGUGCUUUUUAAAAUUUUCAAAUCAUCUCUAAAUAAGGUAUCUGUUUUAUCAUUUUGGCAAGAAUUUGUUGAUAAAGAGGAUUGUAAUAGAAAAAUGAGCUCGAUUCUCUUAAUCUGUAUUGAAAGUUCAAAGAACAAACCUUGUAUGAGUAAUCAAAAGGAUACUUUGCAAAAUUUAUACCUCAAAUUAAGUAAUAAAAUUGUUGAAGAACUCGAUAAAGAAAUCAGCAGUUUGUAUGAAAUUGCUGGGCUUCGAAUACUUGUAAAAGCAGUUUUGACAAAAAAACAGCGAUUGGAUGAUAAUUUAAAAUCUUGUAUAGAACUGACGCUUAAAAGUAUAACCAAGGAUACGGAAAAAUUGUACGAUGAUAAAUUAAUUCAUGAAAUUUUACAAUUAUCCUUAAUUGUAUUAGAGCAUAGAAAACAUUUUCUUAUCAGUGAAGAUAUAAUUAAAAAUUUAUGCAUUAUUUACAUUAAUAAUCCUAAUGGGAAAAUAUUCUUUCAUUUUCUUGAAAUUCUAAAAGAUAAUGAAUUUCAAUUUUUCAUAAACAACUUCAACAAAAAAACAAAAGAGAGCCUGUUGAAUAGCAACACUCAAGCUUUAGAAAAGCUUACAAAGAUUUGGGAAAAUCUUUCAAAAGCUGAAACAAAAGUGACACGCGCAAAAGCAUUGAAAACAUCUGUAAAUAAUCUUUUCAAAGACCUGCUUGCAUUGGAAAUCAAGGACUCGUCUUGUAUAUUUUUCUUUAAAAUAUGUCGUACUUUUGUCACAUCGAAAAGAAUGAUUCGAUUGACACAUAUUUUGGUUGAUUCCAUUUUUGUAUCAUCGAUGGAAUGUUUAAAUAACUUGAACAAAGAAAAUAAAUUGUCCACGUGUCAAGAGGCGUUAGGACUUUGUUUAGAUUUUAUGAGAUCGAAAUUAGAUUUUCUACUCGAUAGAUUAACCAUACUUACAAAUCUGUUUCGAAAAAUAAUUAAAAUAGUUUUCCAAGAGGCAAAAGAUAUCGAAUUCUCCGACGAGCGAAUGUUAAAAAUUCUAGCAAUAGACAUUGAAAAGUUUUGUACAUUUUUCGCAAAAUUAAAGAAAGACGUUGUAAGAAUAAGUCCAUAUUUAAUUGCUGACUUAAUUGAAGUGUCGCAUGCUACAGUCUUGCCACACUUUUUAAAGAUGUCAAUUGAAUUUUCAAUAUCUCAUAUUCUCAGUAAUUGUGAUCGUCACGCUAUUAGUUACUUAUCCCGAACUUUACCAACAUUGGCUCAACAAGUUUUUAAAUCUACCUACCAAAACUAUAUAAAAUAUAAUAAAUUUACUGGAAAAAUAUAA